GCAGACGUCAACAAGGCGGACAAUGAAGGUCGCACGGCGCUUAUCGCAGCUGCGUAUAUGGGACAUUCGGAAAUUGUCCAGCAUCUGUUGGAUUACAAUGCAGAUAUAAACCACGAGGACUGUGAUGGCAGAACAGCGCUUUCUGUGGCAGCCCUGUGCAUUCCGGCCAGCGAGGGCCACGAAAAUGUGGUGAGUAUCCUGGUGGAGCGAGGGGCCGAGGUCGACCAUCAGGACAAGGACGGGAUGACACCAUUACUUGUGGCGGCGUGCGAGGGUCACCGUGACGUCUGCGAGCUUCUGCUGGAGUGGGAUGCGGACAUUGACCACGUGGACAAGAGUGGUCGAACGGCUUUACUUGCCGCCGCUUCCAUGGGACACGCGAAAAUUGUAUACCAGCUACUGUUUUGGGGAUGUGCUGUUGAUACGAUAGAUUCAGAGGGAAGAAAUGUCCUCAGCAUUGCUGCAGCCCAAGGAAACGAUGAUACAGUGCGACAACUGCUAGAGAGGGGCUUGGACGAGAUGCACAAAGACAAUGCGGGAUGGUCUCCCCUUCAUAUGGCGGCCUACGAGGGUCACCUAAAGGUCACAGAGUGCCUUCUGGAAUUUUGCGCCAAAGUAAAUGAGUGCGAUAACGACGGUCGCCAUCCGUUGGUUCUUGCUGCACAGGAAGGACAUCUGGCGGUGGUGCAAUGUCUCGCGGAGCACGGCGCUAUGAUCGACCACAAGUCACUUGACGGGAAGACCGCACUACGGGUGGCUGCAGUAGGUGGUCACCUUGAGGUUGUCGAGUACCUCAUGUCUUGCAACGCAAACAUCAACUACAAAGACUUGGAUGGAAGAUCCACAUUAUAUCUAUUGUGUCUCGAAAACAAGGCCGAUAUGGCGCUUUUCUUGCUCGAAAAUGGUGCCGACGCCGAGUGUACCGAUUUGGAAGGACGUACUGGGCUUCAUAUUUCCAGCUGGCAAGGUCAUACAGAGGUCGUGCAGCAUCUUUUGAAUUAUGGAGCCCAAGUGAAUGCGGUUGACAACGACCGACGUUCUGCACUACAGUCCGCGGCCUGGCAGGGGCACGACGAAAUAGUCCGUCUCCUUCUGCAGAAGGGUGCAACGGUGGAUCACACGUGUAACCAGGGCGCGACUGCGCUGUGCAUAGCGGCUCAAGAAGGACACGAAGAUGUGGUUAGAACUCUGUUACAAUUCAAAGCGAACCCAAAUCACGCCGACCAGUUCGGUCGUACGCCGGCGAAAGUCGCGAUUAAAAGUGGACAUUCCAGUGUGUGUCGCCUAUUGGAAGAAUACGGCGCUGUGGCUCCAAGCUGUAAGAGCAGCCGAAGUAAUUCGUCCACUUCAAGUAACGACACGAAACCCACAAACACGACCGGUGGUGUGACGUCAGGAGUCAUCGUGAACGGAAGUCAGCUAAACAGCUCGCCGUCCGAUUCUCCCGACUCGACGUUUGACCGCCGGAAAUCGUACGCUUCGAACAAUUCCUCGAAGUCAUCCAGUAAUUUUACUUCCUCCACGAAUCAAAGCGCGUACAGUUCCAAUGCACUCGGCAGUGGUGAUUGUUUGACAUUCACACAACAGCUGCAGCAGUGUUCAAUGAGCCGGAACCGCCCCCGUCCGGCGAGUCGUGUUCUGUCUCCCGUAAGCGAGCCCCAGACCCCUGUACAGUCCCCGCCUCUUUCACCAAUGGUGGAAGUUCACAACGAAUUGAACAACAUUCAUAGUCAGAUCUCCCCUUCCACUGAGAGAAACCUUAAUCAAUUCGCUCCCGUGAAAUACUCAAACAAUAAACAACAAGAAAUUACUGCAACAAUAAACAUUAUCACUAACCCGAACGCUGAAUUCGCAGACGACCCAGUCUGGCAAAUUAACCCUUUACAUUUCAAGAACAUCAAAAGCGACCUGGAGAAACUUCGUUUGAAACAGAGUCCAGUUAAAGAUCAGCCAUCCAAACUUAUAAUGGGACAGAGUGCGCUGCGAUCGCCGGAAAUGCGACGAAAACGAAACGGAAUAGUGACGAAUCCUAAUGUAACCAAGAGUCUAGGAAUCAACAGCCCGAACAUCGGGAAACUGUCCAGUAUCGACCACAGUCAGUGCAAUCUUAAUGGAGUAAACGGACCGGUGACCAAUGGAAUCGUCACGGGGCAUCAAGGGCCCGCUAGACCCAACGGCCUACCACUCAAAAAAGAGACACCGCUAUAAAAGGAAUUAUCUAACUGUGAUUGGCGUACGAAAGAGAUUGUCAUUCAAACAGCUUAACAACUCGUCAAUGGGACCCCGUGGAAGUGUUCUCUUUAGAAAUUGUCAACUGAUGCUUGUAGUCAGAGAGAUCGACCAGUU